GAGGCGAUGUCAGUGGUGGGUCUGUCUGUGGAGGAUCAGGAUUCGGUUCUUCAGCUGGUUGCAGGAAUUCUUCAUCUGGGAAACAUCAGCUUCAGAGAGGAGAACAACUACGCUGUGGUGGAGAGUCAGGACUUCCUGGCGUUCCCGGCCUUCCUGUUGGGGGUCCCUCAGGACCGUCUGUGCAGUAAACUGACCAGCAGGAUCAUGGACAGUAAGUGGGGCGGGAAGACCGAGUCCAUCUCCGUCACCCUGAACACGGAGCAGGCAUGUUUCUCCAGAGACGCCCUGUCCAAAGCUGUCUACACCCGACUCUUCGACUUCCUCGUCGACUGCAUCAAUAAAGCCAUACAGAAGGACCAGGAGGAGCUCAACAUCGGAGUCCUCGACAUCUACGGCUUUGAAAUCUUCCAG